CCUCCAGCCACAGUUGCUGCAGAACCCUCGCUCUUGUUCGGGGAAGAGCCUUGGCCGCUGACCCCCCCCCUCCCCCCUCCCAACCCAACCCCCUGUCAGCGGGCGCCCGGGCCCCCUCCCCCGAAGGCAGGACACUCCUCCGCCGUCUCCUCCCCCAGUUCCCGCCGGACUCGGGCUGAGCGGGAGGUUGCAGCGGCGGCUCCGGCGGGAGGGAGGCAGCGAACGAACAAGCCGGGGCUAAGGAAGGAGCCCGCCAGCCCCGGGAGGCAGGAAGACCCCCGACCAGGGACGCCCCGCCCACACCCUCGGGCCAGGAGAAAGAUCCCGCCCGGGGACGCGUCCUCCGCCUCCCUGGAACGCUCGGGGUGCCCAGGACAGCUACCUGUGCGCGUGGAGUGCCCCAGACCGCCUCCCCGCCCCCCUGGGCAUCCUCCUCGGGGGGCUCUAGGGAACUGCUCUGGGGAGAGUGGAGCCGCGGGAUCCCCGAAAGAGGAGUCGGAGCCGGAGCUGCAGUCCUGUCCUGGGAAGCCCCGGGCAGGAUGAGGAGCUGAAGCUGCCCGGCCCCGGAGAGGGAAAGGAAGGGAAGGGAAGGGAAGGAAGAGUCGUAGAGGGAGGGGCGUGCAGCCCUGAGUGGGGGAGAAGAUGCUUGCCUACGCGGUGCAGGAUGCCACUGUGGUGGAUGUGGAGAAGAGAAGAAACCCUUCCAAGCAUUAUGUUUACAUCAUCAAUGUGACUUGGUCUGAUUCCACCUCCCAGACUAUCUACAGGAGAUAUAGCAAGUUCUUUGACCUGCAGAUGCAACUCCUGGAUAAAUUUCCCAUCGAAGGUGGUCAGAAGGAUCCUAAGCAAAGAAUCAUCCCCUUCCUCCCAGGUAAGAUCCUAUUCCGGAGGAGUCACAUUCGAGAUGUAGCUGUGAAGAGACUGAAGCCCAUUGAUGAAUAUUGCAGGGCUCUUGUCCGCCUGCCCCCUCACAUCUCCCAGUGUGAUGAAGUCUUUCGGUUCUUUGAGGCCCGACCGGAGGACGUCAAUCCCCCCAAAGAGGACUAUGGAAGUUCAAAGAGGAAAUCAGGUGCGGACGUGAACUCGGAGCCCAUGAUCCUGGAGCAGUACGUGGUGGUGUCCAACUAUAAGAAGCAAGAGAACGCCGAGCUGAGCCUGCAGGCCGGCGAGGUGGUGGAUGUCAUCGAGAAGAACGAGAGCGGUUGGUGGUUUGUGAGCACAUCUGAAGAGCAAGGUUGGGUCCCAGCCACAUACCUGGAAUCCCAGAAUGGUACUCGGGAUGACUCAGAGAUCAACACCUCCAAAGCUGGGGAAGUGUCUAAGAGACGCAAGGCCCACCUGCGGCGUCUGGAUCGGCGUUGGACGCUGGGCGGGAUAGUCAACAGGCAGCAGAGUCGAGAAGAGAAGUACGUCACAGUGCAGCCGUACACCAGCCAAAGCAAGGACGAGAUUGGGUUUGAGAAGGGGGUCACCGUGGAGGUGAUCCAGAAGAACCUUGAAGGAUGGUGGUACAUCAGGUAUCUGGGGAAAGAGGGCUGGGCACCAGCAUCCUACCUGAAAAAAGCCAAGGAUGACCUCCCCACUCGGAAGAAGAACCUGACAGGUCCUGUUGAGAUCAUCGGGAACAUCAUGGAGAUCAGCAACUUGUUGAACAAGAAGGCAUCGGUGGACAAGGAGGCCCCGGCCGACAGCGAGGGUCCCGAGGCCCCCGUCACCAAGAAGGAGAUUAGCCUGCCCAUCCUCUGUAGCACCGCCAAUGGCAGCACAACAGGCACCCCGGAGAAGCCCGGCUCCAAGCUGGCGCAGGGAUCCCCAGCCGUGGCCAGGAUCGCCCCCCAGCGGGCACAGAUCAGUUCCCCAAAUCUGAGGACAAGGCCCCCGCCACGCAGAGAAUCCAGUCUGGGGUUCCAGCUGCCCAAGCCACCAGAACCCCCUUCCGUAGAGGUUGAGUACUACACCAUCGCCGAGUUCCAGUCCUGCAUCUCUGAUGGCAUCAGUUUCCGUGGUGGACAGAAGGCAGAGGUCAUUGAUAAAAACUCAGGUGGCUGGUGGUACGUGCAAAUUGGAGAAAAGGAGGGCUGGGCCCCUGCAUCAUACAUCGACAAGAGGAAAAAGCCAAACCUGAACCGGCGUACCAGUACUCUGACACGGCCUAAAGUUCCUCCCCCAGCUCCCCCUAGCAAACCCAAAGAGGCUGAGGAGGGAUCAUCUGGCACCGUGGAAAGUCAGGACUCCCCACUGAAACCCAAAUAUGAGGAGCCAGAAUAUGAUAUUCCUGCUUUUGGCUUUGACUCUGAGUCAGAGUUGGGAGAGGCUCCUGGAGAAGACAGUUCUGGGGAGAAACGCUCCUACCAGCCCCGCCGAUCAUCUCCAGCAUCUUCCCUGCAGAGGGCCAAGUUUAAGGUGGGCGAGUCAUCUGAGGAUGUGGCCCUGGAGGAGGAGACCAUCUAUGAGAAUGAGGGAUUCCAACCAUAUGUAGAAGAAGCCAAGGAAUCCAGUGGGGAGGCGGACUCUCCUAGGGGCUCCCUGCUUUCCCUCAACAAGAGAAGUUCACCCAAAUCCAAUUCUCCCAAGUCAUCCUUUAUAAAAUUUAAGGCAGAAAAAAAUACUCAACCAGAGUUGGGGAAGAACCACUCCACUGCCUCUUUCUCCUCUUCAGUGACCAUCAAUACCACCUGCUCCUCCUCCUCGUCGUCUUCCUCUUCCUCCUUCUCCAAGAAUGCAGACAUGAAACCCAGAUCAGCCUCAGAUGCUGGGUUAAGGAGCCCUCCCAAGGGUAGUGUGAAAGAGAUGGUGGAUCUGAAAGCUGGGCAGACCCCUUCCUCCAGAGCUAAGCCAUCGGUCCGACCCAAACCCUUCCUAAGUAAAGGAGAAUCCCAGAGCCAAGAUAAGAUGGACAUUAGCAGCCUUCGGCGUCAACUGAGGCCCACAGGACAGCUUCGGGGAGGUCUCAAGGGUUCAAAGAGUGAAGACUCUGAAACACUUCCCCAGACAGCAUCCCAGGGCCCUGAGGAGGGGUCUAGGAGAGGUUCCGCAGACUUCAUCACUCCUCCCACUCAUACUCACCCUUCCCCCAACAACUGGACCAAGAGAGAUCAAGAAAAGGAGGUUCAGGGCUCCUCCUAUGUAACUUCUGAUGCCUACGAGAAGGUCCAAGAUUCUGAGAUCAGCUUCCCCGCUGGUGUGGAGGUGGAAGUCUUAGAAAAGCAGGAGAGUGGUUGGUGGUACGUGAGGUUUGGAGAACUAGAGGGCUGGGCCCCUUCCCACUAUCUGGUCCUUGGAGAAAAUGAGCAGCUGGAAUCUUCCACAAAGGAUCUGGACUUUACUCCUACCAAGACCAAGAGGAAUGAAAGUAAAUCAGACAGCCUGGAAAAGAUUGAGAAGAGGGUUCAAGCUCUGAACACGGUUAACCAAAGCAAAAGAGUCACCCCACCCAUCCCAUCUAAACCACCUGGAGGCUUCUCCAAGACCUCUGGACUAAGCAAUGGGCCAGUCAAGAUGAGGAAUGGUGUGAGGCAGGUCGCUGUAAGACCGCAGUCGGUGUUUGUGUCCCCACCCCCCAAGGACAACAACCUUUCCUGUGCCCUGCGGAGAAACGAGUCCCUCACUGCCACAGAUAGCCUCCGGGCUGUUCGGAGGAACUCCUCCUUCAGCACUGCCCGAACAGCAGCUGCAGAUGCCAAAAGCAGGCUGGUAGAGCGGGCAGCGAGUGAGGGCUCUGACACAUCGUUGCUGCCCACCCAACGGAACGGGAUCCCUAUAUCCACAGUCCGGCCCAAACCCAUCGAGAAGUCUCAGUUCAUACACAACAACCUCAAAGAUGUAUAUGUCUCCAUUGCAGACUAUGAGGGGGAUGAAGAGACUGCAGGAUUCCAGGAGGGGGUGUCCAUGGAAGUGCUGGAGAGGAAUCCAAAUGGGUGGUGGUACUGUCAGAUUUUAGACAGUAUGAAGCCUUUCAAAGGAUGGGUGCCUUCCAACUAUCUAGAAAAGAAGAAUUAACACUGUACAGGGAACUUAUCUGGGCUGUAAUUUUGCUUGCUUCAGAGGCCUCCUGGUGAAGGCACCAAGAUGAAACCAAAAAAAAAAAGAAGAGAAAAAUAGAAAAAAAGGGAAGAAAUAUUUUUUUUUAAUGGGGAAACAAAACCAAGGGUAAUGAGUGACCAGAAAGUUGUUCUUCAAAUUUGUGCAUCAUGGAAGGGGAUUUGGGAACCCAAAUGGUGGGUGAAUGGUUCUUAGGUUUGAGGAGUGGGAGAGGGGUGUGUGGGUGGGUGGGGUAAAAUGACUGAUGUCCAAAGGCAUUGGAUUGGGCUGGGGUGGGUCAGGGGUAGGGAAGGAAAGACAAGGGAAUUUGGACUUGUAUGAUGUCACUGAUGGGUCGUGUUUGUGUUUGGAGCCCCCUGGUGGAAACAAGGAUUUAAAGAAAAACAUGAUUUGUGCCUUUGGCUGAUAACUUUGAUGGAAUGGAAGGGAACUCCAUGCUGGUCUCUUCCAUCAUGGCACCCAGUCCGCCCUUACACUCUAGCCAUAGCUCCUACCUAGUUAGAGAACAUCACUGGCAUCUCACCACCAAUAGCACCCCUGGUAAAAGGUGAUUUUUAUUUUGAGCUUUCAAGGAUAAAUUUAACUUUCCAGGCAGCUUUGUUUGGGGUGGGUUGGGAGUUGGGGAAGAAGGUGAUGGGCCAGGACAAGGUAGAGGCUAGAGAUUUUGAAGACUGGAGAAUUUUGCAUCUAAGCCCAGCACUGGACAGAAUCCCAGGAUCUGUUCUCCUUGGCCACUUCUGGAGUUGGGGUUUCUAAACUUCUUGCUUCCUUGCUUUGGCAAACCCAAGGAAAAAAUUUACAGUGUAUUCUGUUCAAGGGAAAAUGUUCCCUUUGGUCCUGCCUCUCCUUUUACAGUCAUUGCCUCCUCUCCACAGCCUUCAAGAAGAGAACCAGACCCUCAUUCCACUAGGCAGUGGGUUCUCUGCUGACAAAGGCAAUAUCAUUGCAGCAUUCAUGUUUACAAAGAAAGAAAAGGCUAAGCCAUGAGUUUGAAAUCUGCACAAGCAUUAUUUGUAUUUUGGUAGUGGUGCAGGGUACUCUAUAUGUAUGUUCAUGUGCACAUCUCUGGUCACUGUUUUGCUCUGUGUUUAGGGCUUUGAUUUUUAUUAUAUUUGAUGGAUUUGUUUUGGGGGUGAGGGUGGGAUGGGGAAAGGGGGAGAGGGUCCUUAUUUUUCUGAAAAGGGAUUGAGGUGGAUAGGGUUGGGUUUUUUCUCCCCCUACCCCCACCCCACCUCUUGACAAGCCAAAAUGUUUUCCUUUUGGUUUCCAUUUGAGUAUGAAAUGUGUGGACAGCAAAAUAGCCGGGGGUUGUUGGGAAAUAUUGGGCCUAAAAGAACCCAUAGCCUUGGAAACAGGAAAGUUGCCCAUCGCCUGUUCCCAGUGCCACACAAGAAGGAGGAGAAAAUUGGACCAGCUUAAAGAAGCCAGAGGCUGAAAUCGAGAGGAGGUGACUGCAUCCCAGCUAGAACCCAUAGAUUCUUGGGUUCAAAAUGGGUCCGGGAGCCACUUUCUGCUUUGUCAAAAACUCUUUUCAUUUUGAGAUGUAUAAAGCAACGGCAACGAUUCCUCCCCUCUGUCACUGAAUGUUGGGGGUCAGUGAUUUGAAUCCCAUUCACAAACUAAGGACCGUAGUCUAUGCUUGUGUUCCUCAAUGGAUGGAUGGGAAGGAUUGGCACUGGACCCUCAGCCCGUCCAGCCCACCCUGGAGGAUGUGUCUAUUGCCUCCAACACUCUCCAAGCCUUUGCUAAUGUCGGUGCUUUCAGAAGCUUGAGAAUGAACUUCUUGGGAGCUGAACUCCUCUCCAUACAGCUUGCAGUUGGACGUGUGAAAGGCAGAGAGUGAGAGAGGAACCACAAGAACCAAGCAUAUGUUGGUUGUGAGUUGACUUUGGGGGUGCAUUUUAGAUUUGCUGUGAUGGUUCCGAGGAGAGAGGCCCAGGGGUCACGACUGGCUCUGUCACAGAGGAGUGGCCUUUGCAGAUUUCCACAUGUGCCUUCGACUUCCAGUGGCUCAGACUUCUCAUCAAGGAGCUCCGAGCUGCUGAGUAUCUGGGGGAGAGUUGGUGUUUUUCACCAAGAAGGAAAGGCGCUCCUCCACUUCCCUGUUGUCUCCUCCCUUAUGUCCUCUUCCGUGCCCUCUUCCCUUCCUCCCCAAACAACCUUUACACACAAUAUAUUAUGUCCCAGGAGUUUAAAUGAGAACACACCAGUCAUCUCUGUGCUUCUGGAAACCAAAGGGCCCUAUUCCCACCCUCCGUGGGCUCUGCUUGGGGAACCGCGCAUGCGCGGCCCUUAACCUCCAUAUGUUGACGGGUGGCAGCUAUCGAGAACUGCCCAAUUUUCGUCAAAGGGCCGUUGUGAGAUUUGUUUUUGUGAGGUUUUUGUUUUUGUUUUGUUUUUAAAAUUAGAAAUACUAUAUUCUUCUGCUGGACAGUAUUAAAUAGAGCAAGUCAUAGAGUUAUCUGCUAGAUUGCAGUACUAAUGGUAGCGGGUUAGUUACUGGUGGUGUUAUGAUUUAUUUGAACAAUAAUGAUGAAGAAGUGGUUCAUUAUUUUUUAAUUAAUGCACUUUAAGAGUGGAAAGGAAAGAAACAUGCAGAGAGCUGAGUGCAUUAUUACUUAAAGGUGCAGUAUAUGCUUUCCUCAUUUUUAAACAGCACAUAUUUAUUAAAAGAAAAAAGUAAUUUAUGAUUAUUUAAAAUAAAAAUUAAAAAUUAUAAUGACCGUUGGGUUAAAGAAGUUUCUACACAGCUUCCCCUCCCUUGCCCCUUAGCCCUAGGGCAUCCCACAUACCCCACUUCCCCCAUUCUGCACUGAGCCAAUAAAAUCUUGAGGGCGUUAAAUCAGGUCAGGUACCUUCUAGAAAAGAGUGUGGCGUAUGUCUGACCAAGCAAAAGCAUCUCAGAUGGGCUGGACUAGAACUUCCCCGAGGAAGUCUGACUCCUCCCGCCCUCCUACACUCUGGAACUAUCCUCAGCACCAUUUCUAUUCUGGACCCCAUCUUUCACUGGCACUUGCCUUGACAAUCACUGAGUGCCUCAACCCUCACCCUCUACCCCCAACUGGCCCCAGUCCAGACACUCUCAAGCCAUGAAUCCCAGAGCUGGAAGGGACCUGAACAAUCAUCAGGUCCAACUCCCUCGUGGAAACUGAACCUAAAGAAAGCCUAUGACUUGCCCAGGGUCAUAUGAGGAGCUAGGACUGACAUCCAGGGCUGAUGACUCCCAAUUCACUGCCUUUUCUACUUGGCCAUCAACGAUGGUUUGCCAGGGCCCCAUCUUGCUUAUGUUGUGAACAUCCUUGCCCCCUCCAACCUGAACACACCAGGGCAGAUUGAGACUUGGCCAUUGGCGGUAGGCCAUGAUAUCUAGGGGAAAAAGUAGGCAGGUGACAUCCAACAAAGUCCAGGGAGGGAAUAGAAAUCGCCUUUCUACCACUGCCUUUACGCCCUUGUCCGUAGGACCAGCCAAGACACCACUUGGCCCCUACAGAGGAGCCAAAUUGAAGGAAGGAGCUGGAAGUUUCAUUACUUGAAGUUGAAGACAUGUAGGUAUGAAGAUUCCAGGCUUCCUUGGGCAUGCUCAUACCAGCUCUGCCAGGUCAGCCAGCCUUAGCCCAAGUCCCUUUGUUCCCAACCCCCAGGGCAAUUCUUGAGCAAUCUGUUCUGAGAGAGCAGAGGGCACCUUCUGGUGGCAGAAGAAAGCGAUAGCCCCUCACUGUCAGAUUCUACCACCUCCCUUGUUCCAACUUAAAAAAAAAUUUUUUUUUUAAAUCAUAGCAGAAUCCAACCCUAGUUUUCCAUUUGAUCUGUUGAAAAUGUGAAAGGCUGUUGUAUUGCUGUAUACUGCAACUUUAAUGAUGAUGAGCACUUCUGAGGUCGUUAUUGACGUCUAUAUAAUGCCUGAAAAGCUUCACUUGACCAUUUGUUUUUCUUUCAUUUUAAAGAUUUUUUUAAUUUCUUUUUUUUUUCCUUUUUAAGAGAAGAAACAAAAAGAUUUCCUCUCUGUUUCUCAAACCAGGUCUAGCAUCAGGGGAAAGGUUCUCCAGGUCUGGGAUCCUCUGCUCUGAUCUAAUAAGGAACUCGUUCUUAAAGGACUGGCACUUUGAGUUUGAAGAUGAACACAUCCCCACACCCUCCAAGCACCCCUAGCAGGGAAUGACUUUCCUCUUGGGGAGCGAUCUUUAGGGAAUGCUUUCAAUCCAACCCCCUUUCAUGUUCAGGUUUCUCCAUUUCAGACAGCCCUAGAGCAUGAAGGGUAAAGUCCAAAUCUGGCCCCAAAGAAUUUCCUCCUGUCCUAACUUUGAGUCCUGACGAAGGCAUUAUAUAAUUGUUUAAUCACUUUCAGACUUUUGUGCUGCGUAUUUUACUGUAACCUGUAUCCAUUCGCUUUCCUCUGCAAAACAUGUUACUGCUUAUAUCACCUAAGGAGAAACACAAGGGAAUUUGGGUAAAGCCUUCAUUAUUUUCAUAUUACUAGUAUUUGCAAAGUAGACAUAGUGCUAUUUAAAUUUAGAGUUUGGUUGGUAGCUUUUUUUUUUAAGAAAAGAUAAAAUAAUUCUUACUUUCCUGUGUUUAUAUUUUACUAAUAUUUUAUUCCUCGUAGGUUAUUCUUCCUACCCCUUUCCCUCUUCCCUCAUACUUUGCAUUCUCAAUUGAAAAGAAAAAAUAAUCCGAGGAGAGAGAGGGUAAGUGCAAUAUUGAGGUGAGAAACACCAGGCCUUGUCUGGGACCUUGGGGUGGCAUGUGCUGCCAUUUGAGAGCAGACAGAGCUGUGAGCUGCCAAGAGAAAAGGACCAAACUUACAGCCCCAAAUGGCUGGUUUGGGAUACUCUUUUUCUCCUCCCCCACCCACCGCCCCACAUCCCAGUGAAGAAAAAAAGGAAGAUGUCCACCAUUUUGAAAUAAACUACAGACCAAAACAGCUGCAAAAUUGGUGACUUUAGAACGGGGCUAGGGAACUGCUAGGAUGCCCCCCAACUGCUGGCUCUGGGAGCAGAGGCCCUUCGGAGUGUGGAAGGCAGAUAUGGGUAGACAGAGAAGCAGCCAAUGGGGUGCUAUUUUUGAACACUUUGGCCUCACUGAGCAAGAGUGCCAUUUGCAUUAAGUAAAUGGGAUGUCCCAAAAGGUUAUUGGAAAUAUCACCUUCCACACAGCCCUCUCUCAGACCCCAGGGGCCUUUAACACUCAGGCCACCAGUAGUCGUAUAAAAGGAACUUCUCUUUCCCUCACCCCAUCCCCAUUUUCCUUUUUAAACUAAGUAACCUCAGUUCAGCUCGUGGGCAGGAACCGUAAGAGCAACAAAGUCCUCUCCUUUCCAUGGUACUCCUGAUAAGUCUGAGUGCCAUUCUAAGGAGGCUGUGAGGCCAGAAUGAGACACUGAUAUUCACAGAGCACCCACAAAAUGACCCAGCGCCGGCUCGUCCUUCAUGUUUUCAUCUCAGCUGGAAUUCUGCUGCUUUGCUUGGCCCUGGAGUUCUUCGGACGCAAAGAGGGUUUCCAAGAGCCCUUGGAGACCCUCCCUGGCCAGUCCAGGUCUUCCUGGAAUUCUGGUCUCUAAAGAGGAGGCUGCAGCUCCUCCUCAGGUGUCCUGUGUGUGGAUAACUUGCAUUCAACAGGUACAAAUCAGGCCAGGGCAGCAGAGAUUCCUCCCCCGGAUUAGAGGACCGCUGGGGUAGGCGAGAUUGACAGGGUAACAGGUUCUUCUGCAUUGUUAAAUCUCCUUGAGGCUCCAUGGAUUGAUUCUCUGUGAUCUGGGAUCACAGUGGCCAUUUUUGAAUUGCUGUUUAAUCCCCUCCUUAUUCAGUACUGUAUUGUUACUCCAACUCCUCAGUCCUCUCUGUUUGGACACAUCCACACAUAUACGUAUACAUGUGUAUAGGAUAUAUAUCUGUAUAUAUUAUAUGUGUGUAUAUAUAUAAAAUCUUUGAUAAACUCAAUACAGGGAUCUUUGGAGAAGGAGUUUUCCACAAUGCUAAAGAAUUAGAUUCCCUCAGUUUUUGGAGGGUCGUGUGUACGUGUGUGUUUGUGUGUGUAUUUGUGUGUGAGCACAUAUGGGUCUGUAUGCAUUGAGUCUAAGAGAAUGUGGGGGGAAGGUCUAUUCUAGGUCAGUAAUUUUUCCCACUUGAAUUAAAUAAUAUGGAGUUGGGGUGGGUGGGGGGAACCAUUAUCAAGAUGUCUCCAUGUAAGGCCAACAGUGUCGGGCAGGUCCCACAGGGCUCUUGUAUGUUGAGUCCAUACACUAUUUACAUAGAUAAUUCUGGCUGGAGAGUGCAAUGUGUCUUUUUUUUUUUUUUGUAAUUAUUUUAUUAAUUAUUUGGUUGAAGACUUCACACUGGUGUUAGCAGACCUUCCUAGAGCAACCCAAGUUACCCCAUCUGGAUGGAGCCUCCUGUUCAUUAUUGGCUUAGUGAAGGCAAAUGGGGGGAUAGAAGGAAAGAGGGGGAGUCCUGCCACCUUGGUAUCACAGGGAACAAGUGACACCCUAAUCUGCUCAAUGCCUUAUAGCCUCAUUUUCAGUAUCCCUGUUUGGGGGUGAAUUUCUACUAGAGAUCAGAUUCCAAGUGCCCAUGUAGCAAAAAUCCCCAGAGAAAGGAUUUUCAAAUUUGGGCCUUGCUUAAGUCUUUUCUGUAGCUCUUUGGUCUGCACCAAUGACCAUUGACCCUAAUGAUCCAGUUUCAUCCUCAUUCCUGGCCCAUUUCCCUUAGGAAUUAUCAACCAAGUGCAAAGAGUCCUCUUAAGUUGUCUACUCCAAUUGGUCCAGUCCCUGUUCUGGUUAUUGGAUGAUGCUGGCAAUAUCAUAGAUAGAGGUUGAGUAUUUCCAUUCUAGAGAAGGUUUAAAAGAGCAUGUUGGUAGUAAGAGAGAGUCAUGUCUGACUGAAAUGAUGGUGUGCAUGUUUGAAGUAGCUGAGAGCACAUACCCAUUGCUAGAAAAGAAUUUCUCUUGGCAGGGUUGUGCUUUAGGCACAAGAGAGAAAAAAAGAGGAGGGAGGAGGAGAAGGAGGAAUUAGGGAGGAUUUCAAAAAAGGGUUAAAGAAGAAGUCAAUUCAGUGUGUUUCAGAAAGGUUUGUAUGUGUGUGUGUUUUUUUUAAGUAAGUGGGAAGGUAGUUAAAGUGACUUGAUAUAGAGGGGACCAAAAUAGGUUGGAAAAUUCCAAAAUGACUGGCCAUUCUAUGAGCAGUUUCUAAAUUAAGGGGAUAAAUUAGGUGGAUCUCAUAGGCAGGUGGAUUUUUUAUUCAAUAUGGCCCAAUAAGUAGGCAGUGGGAUCGACACUAUUACAAGUGUUUUAAGUAUUAAUGAUGUAGAGAGAAUUCUCUGUGAGAUGGGCUGUUGAGCUUAAUGACCACCAAGAGCCCUACCAAUUCUGUGAUUUAACAUCUGUAUAGAAACUUCAUGUCCUGAUUAGUUCUGAUGCUGCGACCUUCUCCUGGGAUCUUUGGGGAAAGCCAUUGGCUUAGAACAUUUACUUAGCACCUCUUUCUUCAGGGCUCUGCCAACAGCAGGUACUCAAUGAAUGCUUCUGGACUAGCUUAAUCAGAGAGAAAAUGGCUGAAGGCCACAGCAGAAGCAGCAAACCCAAAGGCUUGAUUUCCCUAGGCAAGGGAAGCAGAUAGAGAUGAAGAAAUGUAGACAGAUACCCAUCUACCUAUAUGAGAUUCUUGGCCAUCCAAUGCAAACCCUGGAUGUGUUUCAUGGUGGUUGAGGGUACAACCAUAUGCCCAUCUCUACCAUUUCUUUAGCCAUUACUCUUCUGUGAACCCCUUACCUGAGUCUGUCUAGCUCAGAAUAAUUGCUCCAAUAUCCAGGAUUCAUGAAUGUACCACUUGCCUCCCCUGAGCAACUUUAUGGAUUCCAACUUGUUUCUUAAACAGUAACCAUGAGAAGCAUUGUUCAAGGGGCCCAUCAUUGUCAGUCCAAGACCUUAGAGUCUAGACCAUGCACCCAGGAGAUCAGAGAUAUGGAGGGCUGAGCUGAGAACACUUUGCUCAUGAGAUCAUUCAGCCUUCAAAGGAUUGCUCCUAAUGGCCCCAGCCAUGGUGAACUCCAGUUUCUCUUUUGUGACUUUCAGGACAUAAGAUUGGUAUUCUCAUGGUGAACAUAGUUUUUCAGGGGAAAAAAAUAUAGUUGUAUCAUUGGUUUGGGGAUUCAUGGGCCAUAUGGAAUAUCCCCUGUCCACCUGGUGACCUAGAUCUCACCUACUGGGUCUGUCAGCCAUAUGAAUGCUUUAAUGAUUAUUGUAGGGAAGGAAAAAAAAACACAACAGAUUCACUGUGCUUCUAUUUGCACUCUGAAUUCUCAAAACUUAUGAUUUAUUUCUAAAAUCAAAGCCUUUGCUGAGAUCAGAAUUAUUAGAACAUGGAACUGAUGGGCUUGGCUCCCAGAGAGAAAUUUAAGAUUCAGAGAAUCAAAAAACAAAUGGCUUAAUUUCCCAAUGGCCAGGCCCACCAUUCAUUACUUAAAUGAACAGUUAGUUUUGGGAUACUUUAAGCAGAAACACAAUUCAUGAAUUUGUUGCUCAUUCUUCCCUGCAGUAAAUCUUUUCAUUCUAGUGUCUACAGGAGGUAUUUGAAAUUGUAGCCUCGUUACUUAUCUAAGUUUUAGGAAGUUUUAUCUGUGGAGUACUGAAGAGGAUGGAAAUUUCUGGUCCUGGGGAAAGGGAGUAAUUAGGUUGUGAGUUGUCAGGUGUACAUCUCAAAUGUUCAGAGUUCUAGCUGGCCUCCCUCCUCCCCUCCACUUGAGUUCAGGGCAGGUUCCAUGGGUAAGAAUUACUAUGUUGAGAUCCAAAAACUUUAGUCUCCCACCUUAGCAGAGGAUACUUGAAAAUAGAAGAUAUAAUGUGUCAUCUCUGAGCUUUAGUGAUGUCUUCAACCAAUGGUGGUGCUAUGUGACCCCUCCCAUAUUGUGUUUAUGAAUAUGGCUGAGAUAUUUUUUAAUGUCUUCUUCAUGGUGAGGCAGCGCCCUUUGGAAAGGAACUUUAGUCCCUUUCUGAAGGCCCCUGUCCCCAGCCCCAGCCCCUCAGCCACCCACUUCCCAAAUACUCUGUGUGUAUUCACUUGGAUGGGGUUUGUUGGUCUGCAGAAAUGAUGUUCCAUCCUGGGAUGCUUGUCAACUGUAAGGUUUGGUUUGUGAUUAAUUUUUUUCUGUAUUUUGUUUACAUUGCAUCUUAUACUGCCCUCAAAACCAAAUAAAGUUUUUGACCUUUUUAA